AUGUACGAGGAGUUUCCCUCCGUGGAGGAUGUUAACGCUAAAGAGCGUGGCAGCCAAGGCCUUGCCAAUCGGCCACUAGUGGAGCCGAGAGCGGCCUCCGGCCGAGGCUGGGCUCUCUGCUCUUGGAGCCACCUUCGAGAGAAUCGGCAGAUUUUCCUUUGGGCACUGGAACGCCUACUGCACAACUUUGUCAUGUACGGCCUUCUAAUGAAUCUCACUACUUAUGUCACUGAGGCUCUAGACAAUGAAAUCAAACGCGGCUCCAAGAUCAAUCUGUACUUUGGGGCGGGUGAAUCAGCCAUCUUCACUGCAGGCGCUCUCAUCGGUGAUCGCAUUAGGGGCUACCUGCCUCUGACCUACCUGGUGGGUGCUGUGCUGGCCGCGAUGCUGUUGAUGUUUGCUCAGACCUACUACAAGAACAUCACUGCGGUGCUCAUCAUUGGGGGCUUUCUGGGCGCUGCGAUCGGCUCCGCCAAUACCUUCCUUUAUGCCACCGCGGAGGAGGUGAUGUUGGUGCACGGCUCUAUUGCCUUCCCCAUGACUAAGAUGAUUGCAGGCAUCGGCAUGUCGCUUGCACCGCUGCUCUCGGGCCUGAUUAUCGAUCAGUCAGGUUUUCGCGGAUUCUUCAUCUCCAUGACAGUAUUGGUGUGCAUCCGCGCUGUUCUGCUCCUUGGCAUUAACAUCAUCCUCUGGCGUAAGAGGAUUCAGCGCAGCCAACUGGCGGCGAAGACGGCUAAAGAGGCCGUAGAAACGACCCGCGUACAGCCGAUAAUAAUAACGACAACGGAAGACGGUGAACAUCGGCCCUGCGAGGCGGACUAG